CAACGAUCAAAAACGUCUUGAAACUAAAGAAAAUAUUUUUGAUUGUUAGCUACAAAAGCACUGGAUACAGUUAAAGGAUGGCAGAUAGAACUGUAGCAAAAAUUGUAAACUGUGCAGAACUCCUAGCGAUCAACAAAUGUCUAAACAUAAUAGCUUUGACAAGAAAUCAUCUGAUCCUUUGUACUGAUUCCCUUUCAGCAGUAUAUGCCUUAAAAGAUAUUUUCAGCCUGAACCCCCUCGUACAUGAAAUUCACUCUGCCAUAAAGGACUUUUACCGCAAAAAUUUACAAGUCACUGUCAUGUGGAUACCAGGACACUGCGGGAUAACCGGAAAUGUUGAGGCAGACAAAGCGGCAAGAAGUGCCCAGAGAGAAGGUCAUAAAAUAAGUGAGGUGCCGCAAGAAGACUUCGUUACACACGUGAAAGCCAAAACCAAAGAAAAAUGGCAACUAGAAUGGUUCAAUACUAGGGAAAACAAACUUAGAGCCGUUAAAGCGGAUAUAAGACUAUGGACCACCUCAGCUAGACUGUCUAGAAAAGAAGAAUGUGUACUUGCGAGACUCAGGAUAGGGCAUACACGAAUAACACACGGGUAUUUAAUGGCACGCGAACCUCCACCUAUGUGCGUGACAUGUGGAGUUUUAACCACAGUCAAGCACAUACUGUUAGAAUGUAAGAUGUACAGAAGGGCACGCAUGAGCAGUGAGUUGCCCGCCUCUCUACCCGAAUUGCUAAAUGACAGAGAAACAACAGUAUCAAGAUUAUUUAAAUUUUUAAGGGAAACAGAAUUGUUUGGUAAAAUCUGA